ACGUUAUGGGCUGUAAGCACCUGUUUUGUUGGUGGCAUCAUCAUGACUCAUGGAGAUGAUACUGGCUUGAUGUUGCCCCCCAAAAUGGCACCAAUUCAGGUGGUAAUAGUACCAAUUUGGAAGAAAACUGAUGAAAAAGCACUAGUUCCGGAUGCCGUAUCAUCUGUAGCGAAAAUAUUGAAAACAGCAGGACUGGAAGUUAAAGUGGAUGACUCAGAACAGAGGACACCUGGGUGGAAAUUCAAUUUCUGGGAGAUGAAAGGUGUUCCCCUAAGGAUUGAAAUUGGACCUCGUGAUGUAUCAAAUGGGACCGUUUCAUAUCUAGGAGAGAUGUUCCUGGAAAGCAAGGAAAAGUUUUUGGGGUGUCCAUGGAACCUUCAAUUUUGCAGGCCCAAGUGAAGGAAAGGUUGGAAGAUAUCCAGUCAGCCCUUUUGGAACAGGCUUCUUCAUUCCGAGAUAGCGAAGCUGAAGAGUUGAAGGUGAAGGAAGAGACCAGUGCAACCAUUAGAUGUUUCCCUUUUGAACAGCCACCUGGGCCAAAAACAUGCCUAAUGACGGGCAAUUCAGCCGAUGAAGUUGCAAUAGUU